AUGGAACAAAAAAUUAGGUUUAUCUUUUUUAUCAAAACUUUUAAGUAUGUCCUUUUAUUUUGGAUGUGUCAUUUUUACAGUGCCAUGAGCAGAUUUGACAAAUUUUUGAAUAAUAAAUAUGGUUUUUGCAGAAAAUUAGAUACACGAAGUUAUAGAUUACUAGGAAUUUAUGUAAAGGAUAUUUAUCCGUAUGUUGGAUAUUUAGAAUUAAAGAUGCCAUAUAGCAAAAAAAGAAAGAGCGAAAAAUCGCUUAUAAUUGAUAAUGAAAAAUGGAUCGAAGAAAAAAAAGAAAAAUUAUAUAGAAGUUUAUUAUAUAAGGAAAAAUUGAUUAAGCAACUUAUGAAAAAUAAAAACACCAUGUUUCAUAAGUCAUAUAAUCAUUAUGAAAAAAAAAUAAUGAAUGGACUCGGUGAUAAAGAUUUUUUUAAAAAAAUGUUGUUGAUUAAUGAUAAGGAUUACAAAAAAUUAAAACGUAAAAAAUACGGUUUGCGACUUUGCUUACUUUUAUUAUUGUUUAUAUUGGUAUUAGUUUUACCUAUAGUAGAUUUAUCAUUUGGGAAAUUUCAAAAUGCUGGCACUUUAUUAGGUAUAUUAUGUGGUUUAUUAGGAUCUAAUACCCCAAAACCCCAAGGGGGUGGUGAAUCUAGGGGAUUUUUUACCAAUUUAAUGUCCUCUGCAUGUAAUGAACAUAAAUUUAUAGGAUAUAAAAUAUUUGGUGUUCUCAUAUAUUGUUUACCUAUCAUAAUAUUAGGUAUUAUAAUUAUACAAGGAAUUUUUUAUUAUUAUAAAAAUGUUAUAAAACAAAAAAAAAUUAAAUUCUUAGAAGAGUUCAAUGAAUGGUAA